CUUUUAGCUGCAGUUAUCUAUUCUCUAUCGCCGAGGCCCGACAUGUCUGGACGUGAAGGUGGCAAGAAGAAACCUUUGAAGCAGCCAAAGAAGGACAAGCAAGAUCUUGAUGAAGAGGACAAGGCUUUCCAGGCAAAACAGAGAGAGGAGCAAAAGAAGCUGGAAGAAAUGAAGAAGCAGGCUGCUGGCAAGGGACCCUUGGUUGGUGGUGGAAUCAAGAAGUCUGGCAAGAAGUGACAAUGCCCUCAUCAGUUUUCAUUUGUGCUGUCAUCUUAUCAGACUCCCUCAAGUACCUUCCACAUCUUUCCAUGUGGCCUCAUCUGGAUGGCUUUCUAUAACCUACUGUCCUCAAAGUUGCUGCAUGCGUUGACAUUUCUCCCGUCCAAACUUGUGGAAGUAUGUCAUGAUUGCAAGGAUAUUUGGUUCUAUUUCAGAGGAUAUUUAGUUUUACUUUUUGACCAUGGGUGUGUUUCAGAAGAGUUCCAUCUUCACACCCUUAGGAGUAAAAGUGAUGCCAAAUUUCUUCUAUUCAAAAACCUGGGCUCUCCUAUUGGAGAAUCAGCCUGCAUUUGUGCACACAAGGAUGUCAAUAGUCUUCCCUGUGCAUUAUUUUGAAAACACCAUAUUUUAGAAAGUCUCAAGUUGUCAGGUCCCUAAUCAGUUAUAAUAAACCUACUUUUAUGAGUG